AUGAGACUCAGAGAUCUUCAUCUCAAGCUCAAGGCAUUACGUCUAAAGCGAUUAGUGUGGGGGUUUAAUGGAGGGAGGAGGAGGAGGAGGACGACGAAGAAGAAGCCGUCAUGGAUGAACCCAGCAGUGUCACAUGGCUACCAAGUGAUCGAUCGGGGGAUAAUCGGAGGAUACUGUUCCGAUGAGCAUGAGAAUGAUUCAUCAGUUGUGGUGCAGAGAGAACAACAGACGGAAAACACAGAACUCUGGUAUUUUGGAAUAUUUGACGCUCUAAUUGGAGAUGGCGUCACCAAGUAUAUGCAGUCCCAUUUAUUUCAGAAGCAGCUUAAAGAGUCACACAUAAGUAGAAAAUGCAAGGAAACAAUGAAAAGAGCAUAUUUGAGUUUAACAUCAAAGAUGAGACCAGAGGAAGAGACGAUGAGUCACCAGAUCAGCUCAGUAUCAGCAAUGGUCAUCAAUGGCGAAAAGCUUGUGACGGCACAAACCGGACAUUGCAAAGCUGUUGUGUGUAGAGAUGGGAUUGCUUAUCACACAGAUCCCAGUCCACAACACGUGCGCAAAACACCCCAUUGGACUCACAAACUCUUUUCAGGAUACUCUGUACAUGCAGGUAGAAGGCAAUAUAGAAGUUCGGAACUUGUGGUCAGAGCUGAAAAGAUUGAUUCUGAUACUGAAUUUUUGAUCUUAGCCAGCAAUGGCAUAUGGGACGUGAUGAAGAAUCAAGAGGCAGUGAAUCUCAUAAGGCACAUAGAGAAUCCCAACGAAGCUGCUAAAUGUUUGGCUAAUGAAGCUUUGAAUAGAAUGAGCAAAAGCAACAUCUCGUGCAUCAUUAUUCGAUUCGACUGAUUGAAAGAAAAAUGGCUUCAAUUUUUUUUUUUGAAUAUACAAUAUGAUGCUUUGUGGAUUGCUGCUACAAUUUUUUGGAAAAAAACCAA